AUGUUCGAACAUGAAUUGUUGCAGAAUCUAGGUAUACGCUAUCCUAAUCCUUAUUUACCACAACGAUUUUCCAGUACUGUAUUUACUCCAUUCCAUUCUGCAUCAACUGUUUUUUCUGGUCCUAAUUCUGAUCCCCUCUCAACAAGUACAAACAUCUACACUACACCAACUGACUCCACUUCUACCACAAACUUUUCUUCUGUUUAUCCUAACGAUAUUUCUCACAUUCCUGACCAGGUUUCAAACGAAUUAGGUUCAGUAAAGGUGUUAUUAUUGUAA